GAACGCGCGUGCUUUUCCCGUACUCGUGAGGCGCGCUCCCGUGGCAAUAGGGAAGAUGGCGGCGCUCACGUCUCAAACUCAGCUUUUAAGUGGGAACCCAGUGUACGAGUCCUAUUACAGACAGGUAGAUCCUGGGAAUACUGGCAGAGUGGGGCCGACAGAAGCUGCUCUAUUUCUAAAAAAAUCCGGGCUGUCAGAUGGCACUUUGGGAAAGAUCUGGGAUAUGGCAGACCCAGAAGGAAAGGGCUACCUUGAUAAACAGGGUUUUUAUGUUGCUUUACGACUGGUAGCAUGUGCACAGAGUGGCCACGACGUAAGCCUAACCAGCUUAAAUCUCACAGUCCCACCACCAAAAUUUCACGAUACUAGCAGUCCCUUGUUAACUGCAGGUCCUCCAACAGUGGAUUCACACUGGGCUGUAAGGCCAGAAGAGAAGGGAAAGUUUGAUGGUAUUUUUGAAAGUCUCUUGCCGAUUACUGGUCUCCUGUCUGGGGACAAGGUGAAACCAGUACUUAUGAACUCAAAACUACCUCUCGAUGUGUUGGGCAGGGUUUGGGACCUUAGCGACAUCGAUAAAGAUGGACACUUGGACAGAGAUGAGUUUGCUGUGGCAAUGCACCUGGUCUAUAGAGCUCUUGAGAAGGAGCCCGUCCCAUCUGUCCUAAACCCUUCUCUCAUACCCCCCUCGAAGAGGAAGAAAACGGCAGCUGCUCUUCCAGGCUCUGUCCAAGUACUUCCAGGUGCAGUCCCAGUUCUCCCUGCAAGCCCGCCACCGAGAGAUAGUCUACGCUCCACGCCGUCCCACGGCAGCAUGACCAGCCUGAACAGUGCGGGGAGUUUGUCACCAAAACACUCGUUGAAGUCUGCACAGCAAUCCACAAACUGGGUAGUGCCAGCAGGUGACAGAGGAAGAUACGAUGACUUUUUUCUCAAAACAGAUGUCGACUUGGAUGGUUUUGUCAGUGGCCAUGAAGUCAAAGACAUCUUUAUGCACUCCGGGCUUCCUCAGAACAUCUUGGCACAUAUAUGGUCCUUGGCUGACACGCGGCAAAUGGGGAAGCUGACAAGAGAGCAGUUCUCUUUGGCUAUGCACCUCAUUCAGCAGAAAGUCAGCAAAGGGAUUGACCCUCCUCAGGUCUUGACUCCAGACAUGAUCCCACCCUCUGAGAGAAGUACCCCGGUCUCUAGUCAGUCAGGGUAUAUGACUCCUGUAGGAUCGGAAAUGGCAGCACAAAUAGAAAUGCGCCGUGUGAGUAGCUCCUUGUCACCCCUUCAUGAAGCAUAUAUAUCCUCUGUAUGCCAGCAAACUGCUCUUUCGCAUGGCUAGACUGACAUUUGUCAU